GUCUUAAAAUUAGCAUUAAAAGGCCUGACGCCGAGGUUAUUUCCAGCUUCCUCCAUCCCAAUAUGGCAAUAUCUUUUCUGCGGCCUCCUCUCUGCAACUCUAAUUGUUUUGAUAGGGAGCUGGAUGGGGUGGAGGUGGAGGAUAUGAAUAUUGUAUUGGAUGAGCUUGUAGUUGGAAGGACUGAAUUUGGUGGCAUGAGGAUUUCAGUGUUUUCAGGAGGGGAGGAAGAUGAAGAGUGGGGAACAGAGAAUGUGAAUGAAGAUUACUUUUUAGAGGAUAGUGAAGAUGAGAGGUAUUUCUGAUGUAGCAAAUGUUAUGUUGCUUCAGAUUAAUAUUGCUGGCCAUUUGACUCUACUCAAAGGAGCAUUCAAGGAGAUGAUUGUUCAAGGAAUGACAGAAGAAUUCCUGUUACAGGACCUGUCUAUGUGAUUGUUUAAGUCUGCCUAUCAUGCCAGAAGGAUUCAGUUCACAGUCAAAAUGUAAUGGUUUUUGCUUCUUUGUCUUCAGAAUUGUUGAUGUAUAAUGCAUGCCCCUAACCCCCUAAGGUAUAUACCUGCGUUUUUACGCAAACUAGUUAUUUUGAAUGCUACCAGCAAUCACAACCAGGACUUAACUAUCUUUUUGCACAUUCCAUAUCAUCGUGUAUGAUCCUACUUCUGACUAUAGAAGAAUGAUUUUAGCAACUGUUUCUUUUUAAUUGUUUGUUUUGUCAUAGAAAUUUCCGAAUCAGAUUUACCCAAAUGUUCUAUUAUCCUGUGUGGAAUGGUAUAACUUCUAGGUUUACAUGAAUAAUUAAGAGCCUCUAUUUUCUCCCUUUUGAGUUGCCACGAGGGGAUGACACCUCUCAUCAAAUAAAGAUAUGAAACGGAA